UGCGAAAAUGUAGGUCUAUUUAAGACGUGUUUCAUAAAAAUCCACAUUGUUAGUUAGUGGGCUAUAUUAUGCCUAUUGAACAGUAGGCCUACCUUAUUGUAAAGCUGUCAUUUUACAGUUCACACCUCAAUGUAAACAAUGUCACAAACUGUCCAUCCGUUGAUUUGGUCAGACAAUUUCGGCACACUACUAUGAAGCUCAUUAGAAACGAAAUCACUGUUAUUCUCAAACGAUGGAUUUACCUACUGAUCGAUAUCUUGAGCGUCCUACGUAGUGGCGUCAUAUCACUCAACAGUGGUUCCGCCUCAGCCUAACAGAGGGGCCGGACAGGCCACGGAACAGGCGAACCUGAUAACAAACCACUCCCAUUCAAACCAUCCUUUCAUUUUUUUUUGGCAAGAGAGCGAACGUCAGUCGUGUUGACUAAAGAUCAUCGUCAGAAACGGGCCCGUUGACUCGGUCCUGUUCUAAUGCAGUGAACGGCGGACCAGCCACUGCGUUAUCGGCCAACAUUGAUUCGGAGUGGGACUACGGAGCGGAACCGGGGAUGGCAUCGCUCAGCCUGGGGCUGCAUCUCGCCCGCAAACGGGGAUCUUUCCGCAGCGGAGCGGUGGAGAGAAGGAAUCUUCUUACUGUAUGCAGGUUUUCUGUGAAGACCUUGCUCGACCGCUCUUGUUUCGAGACGAUAGAUGAUUCGUCUCCAGAAUUUAUCAAUUUUGUUUCCAUCCUGGAGCACAUUUUCAGUCACAGGCUCAAAGGCCAGGUGACAUGGUUUGGCUAUGAGAGCACCCGAACCUUCUGGGAUUAUGUUAAAGUGGCCUGCAAUAAGGUCCCACACAGUUGCAUACGUAGCAUUGAAAGCAUGGAGAAUGUGCAGUCGUCUCGGGCGAAGGGAAGGGCAUGGAUCAGGGUGGUUCUAAUGGAGAAAAGAUUUUCAGAGUACAUCUCCACUGCCCUGCGGGAGUUUAAAACAUCCAGGAGGUUCUAUGAGGAAGGAGCGAUCAUGCUUGGAGAGGAGGCUGGCCUGUUGGCUGACACCCUGAUUGGCCUCAACACCAUAGACUUCAGCUUCUGUCUGAAAGGAGAGGGGCUAGAUGGAGCGUACCCCUCUGUGAUCGACUACACGCCCUACCUGAAGUUCACCCUGAAUGCAGACAGUAUCAGUAGUGAUGAGGACGAGAUGAGGACUGUUGGGAGCAGUGGCAGUGAAAGCAGCACUCCUGACAAAAUGGCCACGGCAGCCGACAUCUUUACUGAGCAGAGCAGCCUGGUUACCAAAUGCAAACGCCUCGAACAAAAGUACCGCAUGGUGUUGGAACAAAAGAGUUACCUGGAAGACCUGGUCCGCCUGCGUGAAGUCCAACUGUCCAAGUCAAUAUCAAACAACUCGGCUCUAGAACAGCAGCUGGCAGACACACACUUAUCUCACAGCAUGGAGAAGGAACAGCUUGAAUACAUUAUACUCGAGCUACAGAACCAACUAUGCCAGCGCUGUUGCCUUGGAUACCCUGCUCUUCAGGAAAAGCACGGAGCCGUGGGAGGAAAAGAGCUUCCAGAGCCUGGAGCAGCUGUCUGUCAAUAUGAGUCUAUCCCAGACGUCUCUGGACCCUGCGCAGAGCCCCGGCGCGGAGACCAGGCCCGCCGGGGAGCACUGGCCACAUCACGCUAAGGAGGAGACGCCCUCUCUGCGAGGCCUGUGUGGCUCCUUGACCUCAGUAGCCAGCUAUAAGUCUCUGGCCAGCCUGAAAUCCAGCGAAUGUUUGGCCAGUCCUACCACAGAGACAAGCACCCCAGGCCUGACCCCCUCCUAGGAGAUGGACACGUGGAGAGCAGUCAGGCCUUCCUUCAUACAAUCUUCAAAAACAAUGGUUCCACUGAUCUGAGUGGUAUUAUUUGUGUUGGAAUCUGUGACAAGUAGGACUCAAGGGGUGUUAAACCAUGGUGACUGUAAAGGUGAUGGUGCGCAAGAAUCUGCCUUUGCAUGUAGAGUUUGUAAUAAAUAGUGUUGAGAUGAUCUCUAACCACAUGUUCUGUGUUGCAUUCAGCUGUAAGACACCUUGUGGGAGGCUUUAUUUGACGUGGUUAAUUGGUGUUGUCAUCUGUGGUUCAUCACAUUGUCUCCUCACGCCUAUCUUUUCUUAAAGAUAAACAUUGAAGUCAAUCCAAAGUUAGCACAGCAACUUUUUACUACCGACGACCUAUUUAAGAGAAAAAUAAUUUAACAAAAAAAGGUGUUGAGGUUGGGACAUAUUGCAAAAUUGUUCCCAUAUCAGAUGUUGCACUACAAAGUCCCCUCUGUUUGGCCACUUUUAAACUGUUCCUUUUAUCUGUGCUCGUUUGGAUUCGAUGUUGACUCAGCAUUUUUUCAGCCAUUUAACAAUUUAUCUGUCUAUUGAAGUAUUGAACUGUUUGGUUCUCAGGUAAAUAUCACAAGCCCUGAUACUCCGAGUUAUAAUUUGGGGAGGUGAUUGCACUGACUGUAUUAUCUUAAUUCAGAAAUUUACACAUUUUUGCUUUUAUAUACAACUUUCUUUAUUCUUAGUUGUUUUUUUUAACCCAAUUGUCCUGAAGGAGUAACUUAAUAAAUGAAGUGCCAUCACAUAUAAAGAUUUGUUAGGACAGGGUUUAUGACCAGUUGUGGACUUGGAGUGAACUUCUACCUUUUGCCUUUAGCUAAUCACAGCGGCCAUUUGCACCUAGAUUGAUUGAAUGUGCUUAGUUAUUUUUUCUGUCUGUUGAAAUAAAAUGUGAACCAAGUCGAUUGCUAUGA